CUUGGGCUAAGCAAACAUGUAUAAGGUGGACUUGCUUCCAGAUCCAAAAGAAAUUGCUGCCAUUGAGCGAAGGAGGAACCAAGAGCAGCAGAGGCAAAGCCGGAUAUUUAAUGCCAAAUGUCGGAUAAUUGGGGUCGAUGUACAGACACUGGACAAACAGGUGCAGGAGCUAAAGGUGAAAGAAAGAGCUGAGAAAGCUAACAAUGAGGCAUAUGAUGCUGAAAGGCUACUGAAUGAUAGAAUAACCCAAAUGCUGGAGCAGAGGCAGGAACAGUUGGCACAGAGCUUGGAGAAAGCAGUGCAGGAUUUCAGGGACCAACAUCAGCAGCCUCAUACUUGCAGGGACUUUGACCUUAAUGACCCUGAAGCCCUGAAGAAGGACAAACCUGCCCGAGUGGGGGAUGAAGACCUGAGAUGUGGGCCUGCCAGCUUGCAGAAAUUCGCUGGAGAAGAUCUGAAUGAGAAGGAACGGAAGAAGAUACAGAUGGACCUGACCAAAAAGUGGUUCUUAGAUCAGAUAGAAGAUAGGCAGAGAACCCAACGCCAGGCAAAGUAUGCAGAUAACUUAAAUGACAAGAAGAGGGUAGAACUGGAUGAAAGGGCUCUGCAUCUGAGCGCCAUGGAAGAAGAAUGCAGGAAGGCCAUUAGUCUGGCCACCAAAAACUACAACGAGGCCCUGGCUUUGGAAGCAUCAGAGCUCAAAAGGCUGAGGAAUCAACAGGAGCAAGAUGAUAAUUUUGCGGAGAUCUAUAACCACCUGACGGGAGACAUUUUAACAGAGAACCCUGCUGCUGCCACCAGUAGUUAUGGUGCCCAACGUGUUAUACCCGAUCGCUGGAAGGGUAUGAGCCCUGAGCAGCUUCAAGCUAUAUGGGAGACCCAGGAACAACAACGCCAGGAGAAGCAGAAGCUGAAUGAGCAGGAGAAGCAGAUGGAGGUUGAGUGGGACAAGCAGAGGGUUUUGGCAGCCCGGGCAUCAAUGACACUGGAACAGCAGGAAAUGGAAAUGAAUAAAGAGUUGAGGAAGAAAUUGGAUUUAUAUAACCAGCAGCUGAGCAAAGAGCAGAAAGCACACCUGGAAUAUCUGGAGAAGGAAGUGUAUACUAACAACCCCACUGCCCACUUCUACACUCAGUUCAACACCACCAGCCGCUGACUGCUGGGACCUUGCUAAGGUGCUACCUCUUGCCUCCAAGCUGAUGUCGGUGAUGCACAGACCUGGGACAUGUCUAUGCUUUGCUAUAUUUGUUCUUUUAACACACCAAUAAAGUAAAAGCAUUUGUGAAAAA